AUGAGUUCCAGCUCUAUGAGUUUAUGGGGCUUGUUUCUGGUUGCAUCGAACAAUUUCUCCAGCUCCGAGUCCGAGUCGAUCAAGGAUUUGGACUGGGCGUUUCUGAUCUUGAGGAUCCGAUUGUUGUUGACUAUUCCAAAUGCCGUUUUCGAGUUGGUUAUCAGCUCCAGAACCGUUGGCGGAGAACACGAACUUGAAGGGUAUAUGAACCGUAGAUCUUUGGUGUUGAACUUGAUAACCACGGUGAUGAGUGAAUCCGAGGCUGGGGAUCUUGACAAAAUCGUCGACUUCUCGUCCAGCUGCGACGUUUGUGGCGUGAAUGGAUAG